CUGGAUUACCUGAGGCUAAAGAAAAGGUCACAGUAACAGGUUCUGACACUUUUGCUCUACAGAGGGAAUUCUGCUGCUGCCUGUUCACCUCAUUUCAUGCGAAUAAACACCAAAUCCAACAAUGUCGACUCCUGGUGUGUGUCUGAACAUCAUGAAGGAGCGUCAGGAAGGCGAUGGAGUGGGCACGCUCAAAAACCCGGAGAUGUUCUUGAACCAGGACUACAAUCUGUUGCACCAGUAUUAUCUCGUUAGAGGCUGGAGAUACAUUGAUGAUAUGUUUCCACCUGACAGCAACUCAAUUGGUAAAAACCUAUUGGAACCUGAAAAGAUGGCCAAAGUGGAAUGGAUAAGACCAACAAAACUGGUGCCAAAUCCCCUCUUGAUUGUUGAUGGAAUGUCAAGAUUUGACUUUGCCCAAGGAGAAGUUGGAAACUGCUGGUUUUUAGCUGCACUUGGUGCUCUGACAUUUCAGAAAGACAUCAUGAAAAAUGUCUUUCCUAGUGGACAAUUGUUUCAGAAGGAUUACGCAGGAAUAUUUCACUUCAGGUUCUGGAGAUUUGGAAAAUGGGUUGACGUAGUGAUUGAUGACAAACUGCCAACCAUCAAUGGACGACUAAUUUUUGCACAUUCCAAGACUCCUAGUACUCCUCAAAGUCCCAGAGGUCCCAUUGAGUUUUGGCCUGCUUUGCUAGAGAAAGCAUAUGCCAAAGUGUGUGGGUCUUAUGAGGACAUGAAAAGUGGCAAUGUAUCUGAAGCCCUUUUGGACUUCACUGGCGGUGUGCACAUGUCAGUCAACCCAGGGACAAAUCCCCAAGGGCUGUGGGAUUUGAUCUACCGAGCAGCCAAAGCCCACUCACUGAUGGGCUGCGGUACUCCAGGAAAGUCAGACUUUAACAAAAAGCUGGACAAUGGCCUUGUGGAGGGUCAUGCCUACGCCGUGACUGGGGUCACUAAGGUAACAAGCCAAAAUAAGCAGGUGGAACUGGUAAGGCUGUUCAACCCCUGGGGAGGCACAGAGUGGAAUGGAGACUGGAGUGACAGGUCACCAUUAUGGAACACUGUAAGUGCCGAAGAGCAAAACACAUAUUUAAAGGCUGCUGAAGAUGGGGAAUUCUGGAUGUCUAUGGAGGAUUUCUGCAGAACUUAUUCUGCACUGGAUAUCUGCAGUCUCUGCCCUGACUUUCUGAAUAGCACUUCUAAAUGCCACUGGACUUCUAGAUUCCAUGAUGGCCAGUGGCUUGCUGGGAGCUCUGCUGGUGGUCGCCCAGAAUGUGCUGACACUUUCUGGACAAACCCUCAAUAUCGAGUGAAGAUCAAUCAGAUGAGCAAGGCCUGUGAGCAACAGAAUAAAGAUCCUAACAUACUUGUGACACUUAUGCAAAAACCUGAUAAGAGGAAUAGACGGCUAAUCAGAAAACUCUACAUUGGCUUCAGUAUUUUCAAGAUCCCCUCAGAGAUGAAAAACACUAGAGGGAAGUUUCCAGCCUCCUUCUUUAAAAAGAAGCCUCCUGUGGCCUACACUAAAGUGAUGUACGAUUCACGGGAAGUGAUGGGUUGUUUCACACUGGAACCAGGAGAGUACAUCACUGUGCCUCACACUUUUGAUCCCAAUCAAUCGGCUUUCUUCAUCCUGGGCAUUCUCUCAAAGAUGGAGACACACACUGAAGAGACGUACAGCAUGGACAUGAGCAAGAUGAACAUCGUUGACUUUGAUGGGGCCGUCCCCUUCUCCCGGCAAAUGUCUGAUCAGUAUAAAGACUUAAACGCAGAGCAGCUGCAGAAACUUCUAAACGAGAAGUUUGUGGAAGGAGACGCAAAACACACAGGAGGCUUCAGUUUGGAAGUUUGCCACAGCGUCAUUGCCCUGAUGGAUCACUCACUCACUGGAACACUUGAUGCAGAGGAACUGUCUCAGCUGCUGAACAAAGUUCGUCUGUACAAGGAAACCUUUUUCCACAUGGACAAGAACAGAGAUGGCAUUCUGUCUCAGACCGAGCUGCGGAAUGCAGUGGAUGGCACAGGCGUGCGUGUCAGUGAAAGCUUGCUGAAGCUCAUGUCUUUACGCUACGGUGACUCCAGUGGACGAAUCAGCAUGGAGAGCUUCAUCUGUCUGGCUAUUCGUUUGGAUCGCAUGGGAAAAAUAUUUAGGAAACUUGCCAAUGGACACAAAAUGGAGCUCAAAGAAGACGAGUGGCUGUGUCUCACCAUGUACUCCUGAGGAGGUGAUAGGAGGUAAUCUGGAGUUCAGUAUUGUGAGCUCUUCUGCUGAUACAUGCAUGUUUAUGUCUCAGUUAGUAUGAAAGCUUUAGAUUGUAGCUUUUAGAUUUUUGUAAGGUCUUGUAAGGGCAUGUAUUUCUACAUUUCUUUCUGGGGAGUUUCUGGCAGAGGUUCUCUUGCACAAAUGAUGCAGAAAAUACAAGGUAUGUUAGAUAUUUGCCCGGGUUCAUUGCCUGUCUUUAAACAUUUGAUUUGUUGUGCUUUAGCUUGUUUCUCUGGUUCUUUUCUGCUGUUAAAGCAUUCUUAUUGAACUUGACUGUGCAGUGAAAGAAUGCCAUCUAGCGGCAGUUAGCAUUCCUAACAACAACAACAACAUCCCUCACGCAGUUCAUUUUAAAGCCAAAGGCAUGUUCAAAUACUCUAAAUAUUUCUGUGCUAAGAUCAUGUAGGGAAACCCAGUUCAGUUAAUUUAGCAGGUUUUGUUUUAGAGUGAUGACUGCUGCUAGACUGUAGCACCUUAAAUACCUCAUGAUGGUAAUAAACAGUACAUUAUAGUUAUGAUCAUUGAGUUAUUUUGUAUAGUUAACUAUUUUAUUCAGUGAUACUGUAGCAUUCAUUAGAAGGUAGUCCAACAGUCAUCAUGGUAUAUUAGACUACCGGUAGUAAAAUAAAAAGUGUUAUCUAGGUGCAGAGUGAGCUAAAGAUUUGCUUUAUAUAUUAUUAUAUUAUUAUUAUAUAGCAUGGCAUCCAAACAUUUAUAAAGGGAUUAUAAAGGAAAUGUGCACACAAGCUUAUGUCUAAGUGUAAGCACCCUGUUGUAUGUGCCACAAAUAAUUUGUUCUGUAUGCAGCACGGUAUUGUAAUCAAUUCACUUGUUAGUGAUGCUUACUGCUGUCACAUGACUUUAUGAUAAAUGCACCAAUAGAAAUGUAUUUUUGUGGUAGCUUGAUACCAACAUACAUCCUCAUGUCUGAUGUUUUUUUUUUUUACUAUUAGACUCUCAAUAAUUAUUUGGGUAAAUAAAAUCAUCCCCAAACUGUGAAAAAAAUAGAUAAUUUCUCUGUAUGCUUGUUUUUGCUGCUGAUUUUCACACAAGUUUUAUGUUUAGUGAAAUGUGUGUUGAUGCUUUGAAAUCUGCAUUAAAGCCGUACAAGUUGUUUUUUCAUUGUUAAUAAACAGAAAAGCAUUA